CAAUGGUGCAAUAGGAGUGGGUUCGUCACGAGGACUUCCCGGAAGGUCACCCAUUCCAGUACUAUUCUCGCCCACAGGCGUUUAGCUUCGGAGGUCUGAUGGGAUCCGGCGCAAUAGCCUAGGUAUGAACGAACCUUUAUUAUACCGGUAGGUAAGGUUCCUCUCUGGAAGUGCGAACUUCGCCGAACAGUUGUAGGUAUUGAACAGUAUUCAAACGGGCGCCUUUCCCGCCUUUACCCACCUCGAUGCAUGUCACAGGUGCCUUUACGAGAAGUUCUCAACCAGUAUCAAAGGCAAUGCUGGCACUUCAACUCUGACAGCAUUGAGUAGGUGAGCGCAGAGCGCUUCUGAACCUCAAGCGGCUUCAAAAGGGCCGUGGUGGGGCCUCCUAAGAAGUAGCCUUGGCCCCUGGGGUCCCACUAGCAGUCCUCCUAUGUGGCGCUCCUAGCGAGCUGUGCUGGGCAUUGGUGGCAUUGAGCUAUGUCGGACGUCGAUACCCACAUGUGGAGGAAUGUUCUCCUCGCUGGUGCUCGGGGCUUGGAGUACACUUUUGGGGCCAUAGCCAGGGCUCUUUCCGGAGAGCAGCCCGUUGAGGCUUCAGGCUUCAGCUUGGACCACGAUGUGGAACCGUCGCAGAGCGGCAAGAGUGGUGCGAACGGGCGGAAGAAGAAGGAGAAGAAAGAGAAGAAGGAGAAGCGGCCCCCCAGCGCGUACAACCUGUUUGUGUCGGAGCAGAUGAAGCUGCGCAAGGCGCAGAACCCGGAGAUCCCCAACACCGUGCACUUCAAGGCGGUCGCGCACGACUGGAAGACCUCCACCAAGAACAAGAAGAACAUGCCCGGCGGGAGCGAGGCCCCUGCGAUGACGGAGGACAUGCACCUGGAGGACUUUGAGGAGGAGGCUGAGGGCCUGCUGGAGGGGAGCGGCCAGGGGGGCGACGACGAGGGCGAGGCCGAGGUCACGGGGCGCGCAGAGGAGACCGCGGACAGGGAGGCUGAGGAGCGCGAGCGGGCGGAGAAGGAGAAGAAGGACAAGAAGAAGCGCAAGAAGGAGCGCCAGGACGAGAACGGGCCCGCGCACGAGAACGGCGCCACCGGCCACCAUCGGGAUGAGGAGGAGGGCACUGCUGACAAGCGCUCCUCCAAGAAGGGCAAGCGGUAGACCGUGGGGCAAUACUGCACGAAGGAGCGCAAACGUCUCCCGCCAACUGGUAGCAUAUGACAGCUAGAAACUCAGCAUACUGUCAGGAUAUACGGGCUUGCUUCAGUAGUUUCUGCGGCAAGUUGAGUUUCUGGUUUGCGAAUGCAGGGCAUGUCUUCGGGCCCGGAGGGAUGGCCAUCAAAUGUGUGUAUAGGGUCAAUAGGGCGCACUAGGAGUAUACCGCCCAACCCAUUAGUCUAAUGUGAAGCUUUUACUGGACAGUGUCUUCAGUGUCAAUUGUUGAUGCUCUGAGACAUCUUAUCAGAAGCUGCGCGCAUCACUCAGUCAAUGAUAUUACGAAGUAGAGUUUAGAUAAGAAUAAAGGAUCCUACACAUGAUUGGCUGCAAAGGACGAACCCCCUCCCCAGGCUGGAUCACGUGGUGAUUCUUUCUUCACCAUGCGACCUAUGCCACUGCGCUCCGCUUUUGAAGCUUACAAUGGAAGGCCGAGCACGAUCUUCGGCGACGUUGAGCCUUUUGACUGACGUCUUCAGAUGUAGCAAGCCCGAUGUGCUAGGUUGCAUCGAUUGACGAUCAAGAAAGGGGAUGGUU